UAACUGGGGAUCUGAGCUCGGCGGUGACGCGCGGCCCUCACGUGACCAGAGCCCGUGUCUGCCCAAGUCCUUCUCGUCCUGGUCCUUUUUGCCUGUCCAGACACCAUCUGCCUAUCGCCCUUUGGACGAGGGGGAAAGCAGAAGAAACUCCGCAGGUCACAGCGGGGCACCUGGAGGAGAGGCCGCCUCGGAACCAGCCGCCGGGAGAGGUUCAGACCAUCCUGAACAUGGAAAAAGCCUGCAAAGAGCCCGAGGAGCGGCCACAGAGCUCGCCCAAGGCGGAUGAAGAGCGGCCUUCUGUGGAGCAGUCUCCCGAAAAGUCGUCUCCAGAGGAGCAGUCUUCGGAGGAGGCGUCCUCGGAGGAGGAGUUCUUUCCCGAGGAACUCCUUCCUGAGCUCCUUCCCGAGAUGCUCGAGUCCGAGGAGCGCCCUCCUCAGGAGCGCCUGUCGAGGAAGGACCUUUUUGAGGCGCGCCCUCCCAUGGAGCAGCCUCCUUGCGGAGUGGGCAAACACAAGCUAGAAGAGGGAAGCUUUAAGGAAAGGCUGGCCGGCUCCCGCCCGCAAUUUAGAGGGGACAUACACGGCAGAAAUUUAAGCAACGAGGAGAUGAUAAAGGUAGCAGAGGAGAUGGAAGAGAUGAAGCGAGUACGAAACAAACUGAUGAUCAUGCAUUGGAAGGCCAGGCGGAACCGUCCUUAUCCUAUUUAAUGUGUUCGGCCUUGAAUUUUGUUUUGUCUGAUGUUUGCUUUUUCUUACAUACCUUACAAUGUCUUCCUAAUCUGAACUUUUUGUGUGGCUUUGGGGUAUUUCUCUUGUAACUGGCAUAAAAUUGCAUCUCACCCCCAUAUGCAAGACAUCCUCUUUCAAUCAUGUCUUCUCCAUUUGCAUGGAAAGAUGCACAGUAUAUAUUGUGGAGUGGAAAAAAGCAAUUUUCGAAAAGUAUAUGUAGUAUCCCAUUUUUGUAAAAAGUAUAUAUUUAUAUAUUAAUAUGCAAAGAAAAAACUCAAAGUAUAUACUGCAGAGGUUUAACAGUGACUAUCUGUGUGGUAGGAUAACAGGUGAUUUGUUUUUUCAUUUUUGCUUCAUCUGAAUUUCUCAUUUUCUCAAGAUGAACACAUUUUACGUGUUACAAAAAAAAGACAAUACAAUGGGAAAAAUUGUAAAGCAAUGAAAGAAUUUGUCAAUCAGCUUAUAAAGAUAAUGUGGCACUUAAUAAAUACUUUUCAGAACUUUAAAAAAGAAAA